AUGGACGUCGAGCCUUGCGUGUCAAACGCGGCGGGUCCCACGGAGACGCGGUUCAAGUCCAAGAAACGCGCCUCGUCGCAGAUCGCGUUCAGAAAGCCACGGACGGAAGAGACGGCGGAGGGUGUCGCGGCGAUCGUGGAGCCCGACGACAGGCCGAUAUUCAGGAGCAGCAAGAUCAUCUUGCCGGAAUACGUGAUCGGGCAGAAACCGAAGAGGACGUGUAAACAGAAUCGGCCGGUGGUCAAAGUCGAUCGCUCCAAGGAGCUUAGAUUAGAUCAUUUGCAAGAGCCCGACGACGACGACGAGGAGGAGAAUGAUUGAGAUGUAAGAU